UGGCGGGCCAAUCUCUAUUCACUCAUGAAAUAAGGGACUCAAUUUUUCAUUAAUGUUUUCUGCUGUUGUAAAUUGAUUAUUAGUAGGCUUUAAAAAUUACCUGAUUGUUCGUUGCAAUUUCAAUUUCAAUCGAAUAGCCUACUAAGUACUAACGCCUAUGAACCGGUUUACAUUCAUUUCUUGACGCAGUUAUUGUUGUAGGUAGAAAGGUGUGUUUAAAGGUUGCCAGAUGGCUACCGAAAAGAACAGACGGAGCACUGCUGCGCAGUACUUUAUGGAUGACGAAGAGGAUGAAAGGAAUCCUAAAACAACAAGUCAAAGGGUUGUUGACUGGCUGAAUGAAGCAAGCUUAACAGCAGCUAGCAAUAAAGUAGAGCUGUUGAGCAAGGUACAAGAGGCCAUAGUACACAAAGAAUCUGCACUGUUAGACAACUUCCUUGAUGAAAUGUUAGCUUUUCAGUCUGACAGAAAUUCCGAUGUCAGAAAAUUCAUUGUUGGAUUCAUCGAAGAAGCAAGUAAAAAAGACUCUGAUCUUCUACCAAGAGUGUUGCCGAGCUUACAAAUGCUUUUGGCAGAUUCAAGCGCCCAGGUUCAGAAGAGGGUAAUACAAGCAUUUAACAUUGUUUACCGGAAUGUUCUUGCUUGGGUGGCAAAAGCUACAACAGUGAGCGAUGAUAUGAACUUGGUGUGGAGCAUCCAGUCCAACAUUAAAAAGAUGAUUAUUGAUAUGGUUGACAGUGAGAAUGACGGGAUCCGUACCCAUUCAGUAAAAUUUUUGGAAACAUUGGUUCUGCUACAAACAUAUCCUGAAGCUGACAGUUUGCGUAGAGAAAAUGAUUUUUCACUGGAAGAUAUCCCAAUGGGAUUGAAGAUUGCAAGAAGAAGAAAGCUUGAAGAAGAAGCACUGACCAUAUUCGACCUGAUGGUCAAGUUCCAUGGCUCUCCUCAUAUUAGCAGUGUCAAUCUAAUGGCUUGUAUGGGAUCCCUCACCCUCAUAGCCAAGAUGAGGCCUCAGUUCAUGGGUAAAGUCGUGGCAGCCUUGGAGACUUUGCAUACCAAUCUUCCGCCAACUCUGACCAAGUCCCAAGUGAGUUCUGUUCGGAAACAUCUAAAGUUGCAGCUGCUGACUCUGCUCAAGCAUCCUGCUGCUAUGGACUUUCUACAGAACAUUACCACGUUGCUGACCGACCUGGGCGCUACUUAUCAUGAGGUGAUGAAAUCAUACCCAAAAUCUGAUGAGAUCAGGAAACGAAUAAAAAGGUCAGCAACUGGUGCUUUGGAGACAGUGGCAGCCAAAAAGACUAAGGUGGCAGACACUUCCAGCAGCACUCCUCCCCCCGUCCCUCUGCCAGCUGUUGUCACGGAGACAGCCAUAGACAUCACGGAGCAAUACAUCAUGGAGAGGAUGUGUCCUGAGCUGGCCACUGACUUGGUCAUCAUGGCGAUGGACAAUGUGCCAGACACAAUGCCUCCGCUGUUUGCGGCCAUCUACACUCCCAUAGCUGCGGCCGGGACUCAGGGCCAGAUCAAACACGUGGCCAGACUGCUAGCCACACAACUCAACGCAGUAGGCCUUGGCCCUGGGUCCGAGUAUGCCAAGAAGUCUGGACCUUCGGUCACAGCCUUCCGUGAUGAUGACGAAGAAGAAGAAGAAGAGGACAAGCAAAAGAUUCACACACUUGUGCAGGGAGUGGUGGGGAGACCUACCCCUCUCGCCCCUCCACCGCCCACCCUUAACCUGUCCAACAUCAAACAUCCAAAGCGUAGGGCUCUGAAACUCUCGGAGAUUACCAGGCCUAUGGAUGAGAGGAAGAGGCAGAGAAUGGCGGUGGAUGCUGUCAGAAGAAUAUUACAAACUGAGAAGAGCGCAAUCAUGGGUGGGGUGUUCCCUCUGUACACCAAGAUGAUAGCCACUCUGGGAACCACUUCCAACGACGACGUCAAACAGACUAUUCUGCAGUACAUAACAGAAGACUUGCGCAAGAGGUUACACUUGGCUCUAGCCUGGCUGUAUGAGGAGUACAGCUACAUGCAAGGGUUCAACCGCCUGCCUCCUGCUCUGGAACACAAGGGGUAUAACGCUGAGAAGAACUACAGCAGUCUGCUGCGUAACCUGAUACAGAGCAUCAUCUACCGUCCGGACAUCAAGGAGCGAGAGACACUACUGUACAGAGUGUACCUGGAAGCUCCUCUGAUCACAGACAACGCAAUUGAAACACUCAAAGAGCUCUGUACCAAGGAGACUGUGUGCUUGGCUAUUCUACAAGAACUGGUGGUUCGACGACCUCCUCGUUUUCUCAUCUACAUCAAUGCUCUUCUCUCUCAUACUUCUCAUGAAAAUUCCGAGGUGAGGGAGAUGGCCAUCAACUGCGUGGUGUCACUGUACAACCGCAACGACCUGCAGUCCAUCAUCGAGGAGUACGCAGUGUUCUACCUGACGUUCCUGAGGCUGCCCAAGCCACCUGAUGUGCUGUUCGGACCUGACAAGGGUCGGCCGGAGAGAGCGGACAGCUGGAGUGACGAGGCUAUCAGGGCUUGUCUCUACCUCUACCUGACUCUGCUGCCUGUCAAACAAGAGCUCAUACACGAGUUGGCAGCCACCUAUGUACAGACGGGUGCUGAUGUGAAGCGGACUAUCCUGCGUCUGGUAGAACAGCCUGUGAGACAGAUGGGGAUGCACUCCCCUCAGCUGCUCAAGCUGGUGGAGGAAUGUCCCAAGGGCUCCGAGACUCUGGUCACCCGGAUAAUACACAUCCUCACUGACAAAAGUCCCCCCAGUGUAGAGUUGGUGGCUCGAGUGAGGGAGUUGUAUCAGUCCAGAGUCUCAGACGUGAGGUUCCUCAUCCCGGUGUUGAACGGACUUCCGAAACAAGAGAUCAUCGCAGCUCUUCCAAAGUUGAUCAAACUGAAUCCCAUUGUGGUCAAAGAAGUGUUUAACAGACUUGUUGGAUCUCAUUCUGAACAUUCGUCUCCCAUCAGCCCUACAGACUUACUGGUGGCACUGCAUGUCAUUGACCCGAUCAAGUGUGAACUCAAGACUGUCAUCAAAGCUACAUCACUGUGUUUUGCUGAGAAGCAGGCGUACACUCAGGAGAUCCUGGCCAUUGUCAUACAACAGCUGAUGGAGAUCACUCCGUUGCCCACACUGUUGAUGAGGACGGUCAUACAGGCCUUGUCUCUCUAUCCGAGACUCAUCGGCUUCGUCAUGAAUGUCCUUCAGAGACUGAUACUUAAACAGGUAUGGAAACAGAGGAAGGUAUGGGAAGGAUUCAUCAAGUGUUGCCAACGCACAAAGCCACAGAGUUUCCAGGUGCUGCUUCAGUUGCCACCGGCGCAGUUGGCAGACGUGCUGGAGUCUUCACCUGACUUGCGCCAGCCGCUGCGGGAACAUGUGUUGAGCUUCACGGACACUCAGAGAGCCUACAUCCCUCAACCAGUGAUGGACAUUCUGAUGGGAGGGAUGCCAGCUCAGUUUGAGCAGUUCAACAUCAAGCAAGAGCCUAGCUCUCCCCCGGACUUGACCAUAGAUAUUAAAGAAGAACCUCCAGAAGAGGUCGAACCAGCACCUCCUGGGAUGGACUAGAGUCAAGAUAGAUCAAUGUUGUUUGAGAAAAUAAAUAUUUUAUACAA